AUGAAGUCGUCGCCUUCCUCCUCUAAUAGUUAAGUAAACUCUCUGAUUCGAUCCAGAUCCAUUCUCUCUUCUUUCUUCUUCUUCUUCUCCGAUCUACUCUCUACGACCAACAAACAAUGUCCACCUCCCGAUUCGAUUCCACCAAGCAGUACUACGCAACAAGCAGCCUCGUAAUCGGCUACGCGCUCUGCUCAAGCCUCCUCGCCGUAAUCAACAAGUUCGCAAUCACCUGGUUCAACUACCCAGGACUUCUCACCGCCCUUCAAUACCUAACCUCCGCUCUCGGCGUCUAUCUCCUCGGCAAAUUAGGUUUCCUCCACCACGACGCCUUCACCUGGGAAACCGCCAAGAAAUUCCUCCCCGCCGCCGUCGUCUUCUACCUCGCGAUCUUCACCAACACCAACCUCCUCCGUCACGCCAAUGUCGAUACCUUCAUCGUCUUCCGAUCUCUCACCCCUCUUCUCGUCGCCAUCGCCGACACCGUCUUCCGUAACCAGCCUCGUCCCUCCAGGCUCACCUUCUUCUCUCUGCUCGUCAUCCUCGCCGGUGCUGUUGGGUACGUCGCUAAUGACUCUGCUUUUACUCUAACCGCGUAUUCAUGGGCUUUAGCUUACCUUGUUACAAUCACCACUGAGAUGGUUUACAUCAAGCACAUGGUCUCGAGUCUUGAAUUGAACACCUGGGGAUUCGUUCUCUACAAUAACCUCUUGUCUCUUAUGAUUGCGCCGGUUUUCUGGUUUCUCACUGGGGAACACACGGAGGUUUUCACGGCGGUGAAUGCUAAUGGUGGGAAUGUGUUUGAGCCUGUUGCUUUCUUCGCUGUGGCGUUGUCGUGUGUGUUUGGUUUCUUGAUUAGCUUCUUUGGGUUUGCUGCUAGGCAAGCUAUCUCCGCCACGGCUUUUACAGUGACUGGUGUUGUGAACAAGUUCUUGACUGUUGUGAUCAAUGUUUUGAUCUGGGAUAAACACGCCACUCCCGUUGGUUUGGUUUGUCUACUUGUUACUAUCUGUGGAGGUGUUGGUUAUCAGCAGUCUGUGACUGUGGCUAAGAAACCGACUAAUGGUCCGUCGCAAGUGUCUAACAGCGACAAGGUUGAUGAUGAGUUGGUGGAGUUGAUUCCUGGGAAACUAGCUACUAAUGUAUGAGAAGAGAGGCGCUUCAUUGUUUUGCAACCUUUUUUUAAAGAGGUUUAGCAUUUGAUUUCGAAUUGAUGAAUAUCUUAGCCUUUUUCUCUUACAUUUUAAAGAGGUUUCUAGUAACAUUUCUGGUUUCUGGCCUCUAUAGUAUCAAUUUUGUAAACCUGUUGCCUCUUAUCCUCUUAUCCAUUAAUACAAAUUCGAUUUAUGUUUUUUCCUCUGGGGUACAAGAUUUUAGAAAUGUCCUGGUGUGUUCGAUGCUCAGAAAAGACGGUGUGUUCUGUUUGUUCUUGUUCUAAUGCAAAUGUGAAAGAACAGUAAAUGUUUCAUCUGGUA